AUGGACCAGUAUCAAUCAAACAGACGGUUGUUCGGUUUCUGCGUCCUCCAAGGUCUCAUCCCCUCUGUGGUCCUGGCCACAACGCCCAAGCAAUCUGCUCUCCGCUAUCUGACUAUACCGUGUAUGAUAUGGAUUAUGUGUCAGAUGAUGUACCCUGUGUCGACUCCAGGGUUUAUACCAUCCAAUUUCCUCGGACAUGCUGUUACCUUCAUCUUCACGGCCGCCGACUAUCUGUUGAUCAAUCCUCAAGACAGACCCGACUUCGUUGACUCCAAUGGCAAAACCAAGAGCUUCUUGUCUCGUCUGGCCCAAUCAGCUCAGAUGAUAGCUUGCACGCGCGCAGUGAAUACAGCCCGACAAGCGAAAAACGUUCCGCCCAUGCCAGCGUACUACACCAAGAGAGACCCGAAGGUAAUUCCUCGAGGUCGCUUUCUGAUUCGCGAGACUGCUAUUGCUGUCUGGCAGUUUUUGGCUCUAGAUAUUAUAUCUACCAUGGCUUCAAGCAAGGGUCUAGAUCAAAAGGAGAAUGUACCAGUUUCUCCUGGACUUAAAUGGGAUCUAAGACAAUUGGUGGCGGAACGAAUUUUUCCGAGUCUUAUUAUUUGGUUUGUCGUGACUCGAAUCGGGCUCAGCUUCUAUUAUCGCGUCACAUCGAUCAUCUUUGUGGGUCUGGGAGAUUCUCCAUGGAAUUGUCCCCCAUCUUGUGGGCGGAUGGGAGAUGCAUAUACGCUGCGGGGAUUCUGGGGGAAAUUCUGGCAUCAAAUGCUGCGACUGCCUCUGACUUCGCUCAGCAACUUCCUCGCGCGUGAUGUACUCAGGCUCCCUAGACCGUCAGUUUUGGAACGUUAUACCAACGUAUUCAUUGUUUUUUUCUUCUCCGGUCUAAUGCACGCUAUAUUCGACAUUCUACGGAAUGUCUCCAUACAGGAGUCUGGGGCGAUAUCUUUCUUCCUCUCAUUCGUUGUCGGUUACAUGAUUGAAGACGGCAUUCAGGCUCUCUGGAAGCGGACGCAAGGCUCCCAGAAUACUAACGGUACACCUCCGUGGUGGCAAAAGGCUAUUGGGCUUAUUUGGGUUGGUGCGUGGCUGGGUGUCACCUCUACCUGGCUUUUUGGAACAAUGACGCAAAAGCCAAAACAUAAGAUAGUUCUGGUUCCUUUUACCUUGCUUGGUUCUGGUUUAAUUGACUUUCGUACGUUAGGUAGCAUAGUCCUUGUCAGUGGUGUUGUGUUGAAACUUAUCUUCGAGGGCGAGAUUUGA